UUCAUCGCUGGAAAGCGUACUGCAGAAAUGCCGUUAGCUAUCCGAAGGCACCGGGGUCCUCUCAACCCUUUCCCGCCACGCCAUGGCUCUCCUUCCCGCCAAGCUCCCGCCGCCGCCGGCGACGCCGUCUCCAUCCCCACCUCCACCUUCCAGUUCCACCUCCCCGCGCUACCCAAAGCGCUUGGCCGCACACCCAGCGCUCUCCUCGAACCACCCCUCCGAGGUGUCCGCGCUGCUCGCCGCCGCCGCGCGCGCCGGCGACCUCCGCCUAGGGCGCGCGCUCCACCGCAGGCUCCUCCGCGGGGACCUCCUCGGACGCGACGCCGUCGUUGCCAACUCGCUUCUCACCCUCUACUCGAGGUGCGGCGCCGUGGCCGCCGCGCGCAACGUGUUCGACGGAAUGCGCGGCCUGCGGGACAUCGUCUCCUGGACUGCCAUGGCGUCGUGCCUCGCACGCAAUGGCGCGGAGCGGGAGUCCCUGCGCCUGCUCGGAGAUAUGCUCGAGUCGGGGCUGCUGCCAAAUGCGUACACGCUGUGCGUUGCGGCACACGCAUGCUUCCCCCACGAGCUCUAUGGCCUGACUGGAGGCGUGAUCCUUGGGUUAGUACAUAAGAUGGGAUUCUGGGGCACGGAUGUGUCAGUGGGCAGUGCCUUGAUUGAUAUGCUUGCAAGGAAUGGGGAUCUGGCAUCGGCACGCAAGGUGUUCGAUGGGUUAAUAGAGAAGACGGUAGUCGUCUGGACGCUUCUGAUUUCGCGGCAUGUGCAGGGUGAGUGUGCUGAGGAGGCUGUUGAGCUGUUUCUGAAUUUCUUGGAAGAAGGUUUCGAGCCCGAUAGGUACACCAUGAGCAGUAUGAUUUCAGCUUGUACAGAGCUGGGAUCAGUCAGUUUGGGGCAGCAACUGCACUCUCUAGUACUCCGGCUGGGGCUGGCAUCUGAUGGAUGUGUGAGCUGUGGCCUUGUGGACAUGUAUGCAAAGUCACAUAUAAAACAGUCAAUGGAAUAUGCUAACAAGGUCUUUGAAAGGAUGCCCAAGCAUGAUGUCAUUUCCUGGACUGCACUGAUAUCAGGAUAUGUACAAUGUGGGGUUCAGGAAAACAAGGUUAUGUCACUCUUUGGAGAUAUGUUGAAUGAAAGUAUCAAACCAAACCAUAUAACAUAUUCCAGUAUUCUUAAGGCAUGUGCCAUUAUUUCUGACCAAGAUUCAGGCAGGCAAGUUCAUGCUCAUGUCAUCAAAUCCAACCUGGAUGAUGUACAUAUUGUUGGAAAUGCUCUGGUCAGCAUGUAUACCGAGUCGGGCUCCAUGGAGGAGGCUAGAAGGGUGUUCACUCAACUCUAUGAAAAGAGCAUGAGUUCAUUAAUAUCUGAGAGGAGAAAUGCUCCUGUAGAUCAUCAGAUUGCAAGGAUGGACAUGGGAAUCAGCAGCUCCAUAUUUGCCAGCCUAAUCAGUGCUGCUGCUAGUGUAGGUAUGCUAACCAAAGGUCAACAAUUACAUGCCAUGUCACUUAAGGCAGGAUUUGGAUCAGAUAGAUUCGUAAGCAACUCCCUUGUUUCCAUGUAUUCUAGGUGUGGUUACUUGGAGGAUGCUUGCCGAUCCUUCAACGAGUUGAAGGAUCGCAAUGUGAUUUCAUGGACUUCAAUGAUCAGUGGAUUAGCAAAGCAUGGCUACGCAGAACGUGCACUUACAUUGUUCCGUGCCAUGAUGUUAGCUGGUGUGAAGCCAAAUGAUGUCACUUACAUUGCUGUGCUGUCUGCCUGUAGUCAUGUUGGUCUAGUGAUGGAAGGAAAAGAGUAUUUUAGAUCAAUGCAGAGGGAUCAUGGACUCAUACCAAGAAUGGAGCAUUAUGCUUGUAUGGUUGAUCUGCUUGCACGAUCAGGCCUUGUUGAAGAAGCCCUUGAGUUCAUUAGCGAAAUGCCACUGCAAGCUGAUGCUUUGGUUUGGAAGACUCUCCUCGGUGCUUGUAGGACUCAUGACAAUAUUGACAUAGGUGAAAUUGCAGCUAAGAAUGUCAUAGAGCUUGAGCCACGAGAUCCAGCUCCAUACGUUCUCCUUUCAAACCUGUACGCUGAUGCUGGCUUAUGGGAUGAAGUUGCAAGAAUAAGGAGUGCAAUGAGGGACAAGAACUUGAAUAAAGAAACUGGCUUGAGCUGGAUGGAAGUUGAAAACACCACUCAUGAGUUUCGAGCUGGUGACACCUGCCAUCCGCGAGCACAAGACAUCUAUGCUAAGUUGGACACAUUGGUCACAGAAAUCAAAGGAAUGGGCUAUGUACCAGAUACAAGCAUUAUGCUCCAUGACAUGUCUGAUGAUCUGAAGGAGCAGUAUCUGCUUCAACAUAGCGAGAAGAUUGCUGUGGCAUUUGGUUUGAUUGCUACGUCAGCGCCGAAACCAAUAAGAAUAUUUAAGAACCUCCGUGUUUGUGCUGAUUGCCAUUCUGCAAUCAAGUAUAUGUCCAAGGCCACCGGAAGGGUGAUAAUAUUGAGAGAUAGCAAUAGGUUCCACAGGAUGAAAGAUGGGGAAUGUUCAUGCGGAGAAUACUGGUGAAUCUACGCAGGUUUGUCUUUGUUAAUGAUCCAGGCUUGUGACUCGUUUCUUCAACAGUUGAUGUUCAUAACUUUUGUAGUUGCUUUGUAAAGCUCAAUUUUUUUGUAGCUACUUACAUAGUUACAUUGCAGUUCGAAAAAUAUGUUGUUGGUUUGUCAGACCACUACAUGUUUUGUACAGUUAUAUGAACAAAUAAAUUACCAACUCGGCAGAUUUCUAC